AUGGAGGAGCUAAUAGUUGAACUGCGCCUCUUCCUUGAGCUCCUGGACCACGAAUACCUAACGUCCGCUGUCCGGGAGAAGAAGGCCGUGAUCACGGACAUCCUGCUCAGGAUACAGGCCUCCAAAGGUUCUGAAGGCAGAGACCACGCUCCGAAGCAGGAGGCCCCCAGCAGCCUGCCGGCGCCGCCCCAGAUGCCGCUGCCAGAGAUCCCGCAGCCCUGGCUGCCCCCCGACAGCGGGCCGCCCCCGCUGCCCACGUCCUCGCUCCCGGAGGGCUACUACGAGGAGGCCGUGCCGCUGAGCCCGGGGAAAGCGCCGGAAUACAUCACGUCCAAUUACGACUCGGAUGCCAUGAGUAGCUCUUACGAGUCCUAUGACGAGGAGGAGGAGGACGGCAAGGGGAAGAAGACGCGCCACCAGUGGCCCUCGGAGGAGGCCUCCAUGGACCUGGUGAAGGACGCCAAGAUCUGCGCCUUCCUGCUGCGCAAGAAGCGCUUCGGCCAGUGGACCAAGCUGCUCUGCGUCAUCAAAGACACCAAACUGCUGUGCUACAAGAGCUCCAAGGACCAGCAGCCGCAGAUGGAGCUGCCCCUGCCCGGCUGCAGCGUCGCCUACAUCCCCAAGGACGGCAAGAAGAAGCAGCACGAGCUGAAGAUCACCCCUCAGGGCACCGACCCCCUGGUCCUCGCCGUGCAGAGCCAGGAGCAGGCCGAGCAGUGGCUGAAGGUGAUCCGCGAGGUGUACAGCGGCGGCAGCGGGCCCGCGGACGCCGAGUGUCCCCCGCCGCCAGGCUCCCCGGUGCACAAGGCAGAGCUGGAGAAGAAGCUGUCCUCGGAGAGGCCGAGCUCGGACGGGGAGGGCGUCCCGGAGAACGGAGUCACCAUGUGCAACGGGAAAGAGCAAGUCAAGAGGAAAAAAGGUUCCAAACCGGAGGCCAAGGGCACCGUGUCUAAAGUCACCGGGAAGAAAAUCACCAAGAUCAUCGGUCUGGGGAAGAAAAAACCAUCCACCGACGAGCAGACCUCCUCCGCCGAGGAGGACGUGCCCACCUGCGGCCACCUGAACGUGCUCUCCAACAACCGCUGGCGGGAGCGCUGGUGCAGGGUCAAGGACAACAAGCUCAUCCUGCACAAGGACAGGACCGACCUGAAGACCCACCUCGUGUCCAUCCCCCUCCGAGGCUGCGAGGUGAUCCCGGGGCUGGACUCCAGGCACCCGCUGACCUUCCGGCUGCUCCGCAACGGGCAGGAGGUGGCCGUGCUGGAGGCGGCGUCCUCGGAAGACAUGGGCCGGUGGAUCGGGGUCCUGCUGGCGGAGACGGGGUCCUCCACCGACCCCGGCGCGCUGCACUACGACUACAUCGACGUGGAGAUGUCGGCCAACGUCAUCCAGACGGCCAAGCAGACCUUCUGCUUCAUGAACAGACGUGUCGUCUCCACCAACCCCUACCUCGGGGGCACCCCCAACGGCUACGCCCACCCCAGCGGGACGGCGCUGCACUACGACGACGCCCCCUGCGUGAACGGCGCGCUGAAGAGCAGAAAGCCCCCACUCGCCGCCAGCGGGGCCGCGGGCAGAGGCAAGCCCCCGAGCGGCCAGCCCAGGAGGGCCGAGCCGGCCGCCGGCGUGAGGCGCACGCCUUCCAACGCUGACCAGUACAGGUACGGCAAGAACAGGGUGGAGGCGGACGCCCGGCGGCUGCAGAGCCAGGAGGAGGGGCUGCUGCGGCGGAAGGAAGCCCUGCGGACCAGGCUGGCCCAGCUCCGGAAGGAGAGGGGGGACCUGCGGGCUGCCAUCGAGGCCAACGCUGGCAGGAAGGCGCAGCUGGCCCUGGAGGAGAAGCUGACGGCCCUGGAGGAGGAGUGCCGGCGGAAGGAGGCGGAGCGGGUCAGCCUGGAGCUGGAGCUCACCGAGGUCACCCAGAGCCUCCGCAAGGCCCUGGCCGGCGGCAUCACCCUGGGGCUGGCCAUCGAGCCCCGCGCGGGGACCUCGAGUCCACAGUCGCCAGUGCUCCGGCCGCGGACUCUGGAGAACUCGCCGCUGUCCAGCUGCGAGACCAGCGACGCCGAGGGCCCGGUGCCCGUGAACAGCGCCGCCGCCCUGAGGAAGAGCCAGCCGGCACGCAGCUCUCCCUGCCGGGGGCACGUGCUCCGCAAGGCCAAGGAGUGGGAGCUGAAGAACGGGACCUAG